GGGUGGAGCUCAUUCAACAAUCAAACUCCCAACAAUAUUGUCUCUCGUUUUUCCCCAUUUCAUUACCCGUUUCUAGUUCUUGAAAUUUCAGUGUCGGUAAAUACAUCUUCGUGUUUUCCUUACACUUUUAUAUUACACUUACUUUUGAAUGCACAAUUUUGAAUUUCUAACGAUGCCGAUUAAAAGUGAUUUCAUUUUAAUUUACUUCUUUGGCUUCGCCACAAUGGGUCUGGUGAUAGGCGUGGCCUGCCUGGUGAUUCCUCGAUUGUGGCUGUUCCUGGCGAAUGUGUACAAGAUUUACGUGGAGUACACUCCCAUCAUUUACCCCAAGGAGGAUCGCCUGUCGCCGGUCUCAAGGAGCCGACUGAACCUCGUGGCCCGGAAGACACUUGUCCUGGACAUGGAUGAGACCAUGAUCACGUCGUGGUUGAAGAAGAGUGGCAAGAAACCAAAGAACAAGCCCAGAAUUGCGCACGACUUUAAGUUCUACUUGCCGGCCUACGAAGCCACAAUCUAUGUGUACAAACGGCCCUAUUUGGAUCACUUCCUCGAUCGCGUAUCCAAGUGGUACGACCUCGUUGUCUUCACAGCCGGAGCCGAGAUAUAUGCCUCUCCGAUUCUGGACUUCCUGGACGGAGGACGGGGCAUCCUGAAUAGUCGCCUCUACCGACAGGAUUGCCUUGAAAUGUAUGGAACGAGGGCCAAGUCCGUACUGCUGGCUGCGCCGGAUUUUUCCAAUGUUUUGCUACUGGACAACUCGAGCACGGAGUGCAGUUUCAAUGCGGGAAACGCCAUUCUCAUCAAGUCCUAUGAGAUUGGCAGUCGCGAUGAGGCCCUCAUCAAUUUGUUGCCCUUUCUGGACGCCCUGCGAUUCAUGAAGGAUGUGCGAUCGGUGCUCAAACGCUGCACUCGCUUCGAGUUUUUUAGCACAAUUCUCGAGAGUGUUGCUCAGUGAGAUGUUGGUUAUUUGUUUUUGUAGAUUCCAUUAAUUUGUUAAAUUUUGAGAGCACUGAA